GAGUCACGUUCUCCUCUCCAUCAGUCAGGGACGUGGCCCUUGCGGUCCGCGGGCCCCGGGUGGUGGUUCUCUCCUGGGAAGCCUUAGAGUUCUCAUGUCGACCGUGCUGGGCGCGGAGCGAGAAAGGACGUGAUUUCCGGGAGCUGCAGCCUAAUGAGAAGACGAAGCUGAUACCUCCCGGAGAGACUGAGAAGGAGCCUGAGACGGGUCGUGGACAUCCCGUGAAUAUCAGAUACCAUAUUUUGGAGGGGUUAGAAGAAGGGGAUAUGGUGUUCACAUUUGCUUCCACGGAUUCCAAUCAAUCUUCCCUUGGAAACACACACACCCUGGCAAGUAAUCUUUCCUAAGCAAGAGCAAAGCUAUUUUAAAAAGGAUCCCAUCCUCCUCCUCCUUCCCUGUGCCCCAGCUCCACUGGUUUCUCAUUCCUUGAAGAUGGUUUGGUGGAAGAAGCGGCUCUGCCGCCAGCAUCACCUGUGGGCCCUGGGCUGCUAUAUGCUGCUGGCUGUGGUUGCUCUGAGGUUUUCUCUCCGACUGAAAUGUGACUUUGAUUCCGUGGAUCUGGAGUCCCGGGUCUUUCAGAGCCAGCACUGUAGGGACAUCCUGUACAAGUCCCUGAAGCUGCCAGCGAAGAGAACCAUCAACUGUUCUGGAAUCAUCCGAGGGGACCAGCAAGCGGUGACGGAGGCUCUCCUGGACAACCUGGAGGUCAAGAAGAAGCGGGAGCCUUUCACAGACACUGACUACCUGAACAUGACCAGGGACUGUGAGCACUUUAAGACUGAGCGGAAGUUCCUGCGGUUCCCUCUGAGCAAAGAAGAGUUAGACUUCCCUAUCGCGUACUCUAUGGUGGUCCAUGAGAAGAUAGAGAACUUCGAAAGACUGCUGCGAGCUUUGUAUGCUCCUCAGAACGUAUACUGUGUCCACGUGGAUGAGAAAUCCCCAGAAACUUUCAAAGAGGCAGUCAAGGCAAUUGUGUCAUGCUUCCCAAAUGUCUUCAUAGCCAGUAAGUUGGUUCGGGUGGUUUAUGCCUCCUGGUCCAGGGUGCAGGCCGACCUCAACUGUAUGGAGGACUUGCUCCAGAGCUCAGUGCCGUGGAAAUACUUGCUGAAUACGUGUGGGACAGACUUUCCUAUAAAGACCAAUGCCGAGAUGGUCCUGGCCCUCAAGUUGUUGAACGGGAAGAACAGUAUGGAGUCAGAAAAGCCUACGGAGUACAAAAGGUCUCGCUGGACCUAUCACUAUGAGGUGACAGACACACUGUCCAUAACCAGCAAGAUGAAGGAUCCCCCGCCAGAUAAUAUACCUAUGUUCACGGGGAAUGCCUAUAUCGUGGCUUCUCGAGACUUUGUCCAGCAUGUCCUGGAGAACCCCAAGUCCCGAAGACUGAUCGAGUGGGUGAAAGACACUUAUAGCCCCGACGAGCAUCUGUGGGCCACCCUUCAGCGCGCACCGUGGAUGCCGGGUUCUAUUCCCUACCACCCCAAGUUUCACAUCUCCGACAUGACAGCCAUUGCCAGGCUGGUCAAGUGGCAGGGCCAUGAGGGAGAUGUCAGUAGGGGGGCACCGUAUGCACCUUGCUCGGGAACCCACCAGCGGUCUGUCUGUGUUUAUGGGACUGGGGACCUGCACUGGAUUCUUCAAAACCAUCACCUUUUGGCUAACAAGUUUGACCCGAAGGUGGAUGACAACGUUCUUCAGUGCUUAGAAGAGUACUUACGUUAUAAGGCCAUCUACGGGACUGAUCUCUGAGAUGCCCUGUCAGAGCAGUGCUACCUGUGGGACAAGAAAACAUGCAAACAUUCCUAGGGGGUGCUGGGACAGCGGGGAGGGGGACCAGGGCUCUGGAAUCAAUCCUUGGCAUCCCCAAGUCAGGGGGUUGCAGUCCCAGGUGAAUGCUGGGUGUGCGCUCACCCCAUUCCUAAUAGCUCCCCCACUGACGUUCUCACAGAGUCAGAGUAAGAUCCACCUGUUUGGGAGAGGAAGGGAGGGCACUGUGGCAGGGGGCCCUGGAUUUCCAUUGAAUGCUUGGUGUCUGCUUUUCUACUCUGUGGAGACGCUGGUUCUAAUGAUUCGAGACUCGGUAGUAGGGAGGGGGUGGGACUUCAAUGGAAAGAGAGGGCCUUUUGUAUUAUUCACUUAAAAAUAAAUAGCUCUUGAUUCAAAGCCCUUACCUCUGCUUUUUGUCUUCUAAGCCAGAAAUAAGGUAAGAGUGGAAAACUUUUUCUCGUACCUACUUGUGACAUUCACAAUCCCUGGUGGCUGGCAAGAGGAUCUCCGUUAUUCCAGAAUGACAUGGC